ACCUUGUUGUCAAUGGUGAUUGAUUAUUAUUACCUUUAUUCUGUUGUUUUGUUGUGCGUGAAACCAUCACUUUCGAGGUUUUGCAUACCUGUUAGAUUGUCGUUAUUUUCACUUAUCAACCACCGACUACAAAUCAAUCACAUUUGAUCAAUAGUAGUAUUAGUUUUUAUCCAACAAGAGCAAGUCUGCUUAUUUUCUUUGUGUUUGUGUCCUUGUAAAUUAGAAAGAAACCAAAAAUGGUUCUAUCAAAUCUGGUUACAAGUUUAAUGAAAAAUUUUCUUUCGCCAUUUGUUGAAGAUUUUAAUGCCGAUCAGUUGAAUAUAUUUGGAUGGAGUGGACAAUUUACAUUGUCGAAUGUAAAUAUCAAACCGAAUGCAUUCGAUUCAUUACGGCUGCCAUUUCGUGUUACACAUGGUUUUAUUAGCCAAAUCGAAGCUCAAGUACCAUGGAUGAAUAUCUAUACCGAACCGAUUGUCAUACGAAUCAGUGAUGUAUAUGCUGUCAUUGUGCCAAACACUGAAAUUGCAUAUAAUGAAAAAGAUGAAAAAGAUUAUGAAUGGCAGCUGAAAAAAUCUUAUCUUGAAAAUAUCGAACAAAUCAAACAAAAACUUGAACAAGAAUCAGAUGGCUCAUCCAAGAAUGAAGAUGAUGGUUUUUUCAUGAAAUUAAUCGCUGCUGCCAUUAAAAAUAUUCAGAUAUUCAUAUCAAAUAUUCAUGUUUGUUACGAAGAUAGCACAUCUAGUUCACGGCCAUUUCAGAUUGGAUUGGUAUUUUCACGACUAGUCUUUGAAACUGAAUCGAGUAAUAAUGUCAAAAAUGGAUCUGUCGAUAAUAUUAUCAAUAAGAUUAUCAAACUUGAAGGUUUCGCAUUCUACCUGAAUUAUCGACAAUUUGAUCGUUAUCAUGGUCGGGAUCGACAAUGGGCAUUGGCCAAAUUGAAAGCAUAUUUCGUCAAUAAUGAAACGAAAAUGGUCAAUUAUAUUCUUUGUCCAAAUGAUUUUGUUACCUAUGCACAGAUUGAUCGUAGACCAGAAGUAUCGAAUUAUAGUCAUGCAAUCAUCAAUUUAGAUAUGCAUUUGGGUGAUUUUCAAAUUAAAUUCGAUAAUCAUCAAGUACAUUGUCUGCUAUUACUAUUGGAUGCUAUUGAUCGCAUUAAAGUGGCUAGUUUAUAUCGAAAAUGGCGGCCCACCAUAUCGAUUAAUGAUAAUCCUCAAGCAUGGUGGCGAUUCCUAUAUUUAGCCAUAACAGAAACUGGCAUCCGUCGACGGAAACGAGAAUUUUCUUGGGACCAUAUUGAAACCGCUUGUAAACUUCGAAGAAGAUAUCUAGAUCUAUACAAACGAAAAUUACUUGGACAACAAAAAAUUGAUGAAGAACUUGAAGAAUUGGAACGAGAAUUGAAUCUAGUCGUUAUUGUUAUUGUCAGAGCUGAAGCUGAAUAUGCGACGAAAAAAAUUCUUAAAGAAAUGGAAAAAGAAAAAUCAAAAAGCGGCUGGUUUCGCAGUUGGUGGUCAUCGGGCAAAAAUAAUAAUGAAAAAUCGGUUAUUGAAGAUUUGAAAAAAGAAUUCACCGAAGGUGAAGAAAAGGAAAAACUAUACAAAGCAAUCGGUUAUGAAGAGAAUGCAUUGGCCAUACUAUAUCCACCAGAUUAUGUUGCACAUCGAAUUCAGUUUCGUAUUAAUCGUUUUAAUGUUACCCUUCGGAGUGAAUUCGAAAAUAUAGCCAUCGUCGAGUUGGAAAAUUGUAGUUUUGGCUUUAAAAAUCGUCCCUGUACCGGUAAUAUUGUUAUUGAUAAUGAAAUUGAUUCGGUUCGAAUAACCGGUACUAACGAUGUGUCAUUGAUGAAAAGUACGGUGGAAAAGAAAUUUCUGACAUUCGCGUUUGAAUUGAACCCGUUGGAUAAACAAAGUGAUUUUUCUGUGUUAUUGGAAAUGAAAAGUCUACACUUUCUUUAUGAUAUUCAAACAUUCAAUCAUCUUUUUCGCCUAUUUACUCCGCCCGAUAAUAUUAGUUUGAAUGAAAUUAAAUCGGCUGCCCAAAAUAAAUUUGAAGAUCUUCGUUUGGUCACAUCAUCACAACUUCAAAACGCAAUCGAUAAACACAAACAGUUAAAAUUACAGAUCAAAGUUGAACCAUCAUUUGUGAUUAUACCGAAAAAAGCAGAAUUCGAUAAAGCAAAUCUUUUUCUCCUUGUUUCGUUGGGCGAAUUCACAUUAGUAUCGAAAUUGGUGCCAAAAUCCAAUGCAACACGAAUAACCAGCAUGACCAAUAAGGAUGAAAUGAAACAAUUGAUUUAUGAAACCUAUACUUGUCACGUGAAAAAUGUUCAAGUUGUUCUUAGUUCUCGAGAUUAUUGGCAACAAGAUCUUCGUUGUUUGGAUACCGAACGUCAUAUUCUUUGUCCAUUCGAAAUAAUCAUAAAUUUUCAACAUUCAAUCGUGCCUAAUGAUCGUCAUUUUCCAAAGAUUAAUUUACAAGGUCAAUUACCAUCGAUUGAUUUGAAAGCUAGCGAUAGUCAAGUAUCACAGCUUUUGGUUCUUUUAUCUACUCUACCUUAUGGACCAACUUUUGAAUCGAAUACAGAUUCCUCCUAUCAUUCAUUGACAACAACAUCGGCGGCUACAAAAUCAACAACAUCAGUUUCAAAAGUGAAAUCGAAAGUAACAGAUGAAGUUAUUGAUGCAAUGAAUUAUGCUGCUCGUGCCGUAUCGGAAAUCAAUAAAAGUAAAGAAUCAAAAUGUGAAGAAGAUGUUGUCGAUACAAAAGGAACAAUCAUUGCCUAUCGAGAAUUGAUUUUUAGUUUCAAAUUAAACGAUAUAAAUCUAACAAUGUAUCGUAAUGAUCGUCGUGAUGUAUCCAAAUUGACUAGAUUUCAAUUAUUGAAACUUUCUCUUUACGGUGAAACUUUAAGUGAUCAAACACUAUGGGUCAAUUGUACUGUUUGUGAUUUACGUAUCGAUGAUAUUCGACCACAACGAAAACCAAAUGGUAUCGUAACAAUGUUGUCAAAAUCUCGUGUAAUCGCUACUAAACAACAACAGAAUGUUCAAAAUAAUGAAAUGGAAGAAGAAGAAAGAUCAAUGCUUACAGUUUAUGUUGCACAGAAAAUCAACGAAAGAAUAGUGAUUUUAACCAUGUCUGGAUUUAGUCUUAUAUUGGCCGUUGAUUAUAUUCUGGCAUUGUUGGAUAUAACAACCAAAGCAUUCUCAAUGGAUGAUUCAAGUGCUAUAAAAACUUUAUCAACUGAAAGUAACGCGGCAAAAAAUCAACCCACAAAACCUUCUCCAACUACUGUACAGAAAAAAGAUGCAAAAAAUUCCAAGAUGAUGGUUGAAUGUUCGCUAAAUAAGAUGGAAAUUUUUAUGCUCGAAUCGAUUGAUAAUUCAAAUUGUGAAGCCGGUGUUUUCAACUGUUCAACCAAAGUGAACGUGAAAAUUGAAGAAGAUGUUAUCAUGAUGAGUGCAUAUAUUGCCCAGAUUAAUAUGGCAUUGACAAAUUAUCUAAAUUAUAUUCAUUCCGGUCAUCUUGAUGUCUACAUUAUGGCACCAACUGAUCUGACCAUAAAAGGAUCGAUUAAAGGCACGACACAAAUGUUGGAUUUUACAUUCGAUGACAUCUUCAUAAAUAUAUCGCCAAACAUGUUGCAUACGAUUCUGAAUAUUCUUGCAGCUAUGGGGGAUUCACCUGCACCACCUGAUAAAACCAACGAUAAGAAUGACAAAAUAGAUGUUGAUGAUCGUAUUCUUGAGCCGAAAAAAAUUGAUAAAAAUCUAUGGUACUUAUCAUAUGCACCACAAGCAAAAGAUGCUCUUAUAUUAUUACAGGAAUGUGAACAACAACAAUCAGAACAAAAAAGUAAUCUUCUAUUCAAUAUGGGCAAGAUUCAUGUACUUAUAAAAUCCGGUGGUGUUGAAUCACAUCCAUUGAUUCGAAUCGAAUUGUCGACAUUUGCCAAAUUGAUCGAAAAUAAGAAUUUCAAUUUUGAAUGUUCAUUAUCUGCCGAUUAUUACAAUCAUUCAAUAUUAUCAUGGGAACCAUUGAUUGAACCAGUGGAUGAACGAAUAUUUACUUUUCGCGGCAAUGUUGCACUCGGUGGUGAGACGAAAAAGAUUCAGAUUGUAGCACUCGAAAACCUGGAAUUGUUAUUGACAAAAUCAUCGGUAAAUGUAUUGAAUCAUGUAAAUGAAGCUUUCACUACUGCCAUAAAAACAUCCAAACAAUCACAAAUGGCUGAAUUGAAUCGUGUAAUAGUAAAAAAUUAUCUCGGGGUCGAUAUUAAUCUAUUAAUGAAUGAAUCAAACAUUUACCCGUUAAAUGAUGGCCAAAAUAAUCAUACUAAUCGGAAAAAUCAACAAUCAAUCAAUGCUGCUGCUGCUAUGAUGAUCGUAACUGGUAAAGAAUAUCGUUUCUCUUGCAAAGAUACAAAUGAUGUACGAUUGCAUGUGAAUCUUUUGAUUUCUGAUUCGCUAUCGGUUGAAAGAUUGAUUAUAUGCAGAAAAAGUACCAUUCGUUGUUAUUUUACAUCGAUUAAAUGUUAUCCAGUGGAUGAAUGUUGGAAAUUUCUUGUUCAAGUUAUCGAUAGUGGUGGAACAAAGGAGAUUAUAUUCCGUUCGAAUACACAAGUAUUUAACAAUUUUGAUAAUUCAUUUGAAAUGUAUAACUUUGUCGAUGAUGAUUACACCUAUCUUGGACGUAUUAACCCACAUUCAUCGUUUCAUCUACCAAUGCCAUUAAUAUAUGGUGAAAACACAUUAUAUGUAAAACCAUCCGACGACUAUGAAUUAUGUCGGCCACCAUUUUUAUGGCGUCAAACACGUGAACGUGAACAUAAUAAUCAUUGUAAAAUUUCACCUAAAAAAGAAAAACCAUAUGUGUUGAUCAAAUGUACGAACAAAAAGACUGAUAAGCAAUUUGUGAUUAAGCUACGUGGUGAAAAAACACUUGUUUCAUAUGAAGACACGGAUUGUGUAGAAAAUAAUGAAUCCUAUUUCUACACAGUGCGAAUGAUACCGUUAGCACGAUUGAAGAAUCUACUUCCAUAUACCAUACGAUUUUUGUAUAGUCCAUUGAAUGAGCUACGUACAUUGGAACCAGGUGAAGAAUUCAAUUUGCCAUUCAUCGAUUUCGGAAAUUCAGUGAUAAAAUUUCAUCUUUUAAACUAUUUGAAUUGUGAUUGGAUGACCUGUCUGAAGAUUCCACAAACCGGUUUCGAAAUAUCAACUACAUAUUGUAUAUUUGAACCGACUAAUAAAGAUUUUGGGAAAAAAGUGAAAAUUACGUUACCUGUCGAAUUUCGAGUGGAAAAUUCCGUAAUUGUUUUGUCAUUAUAUUCAACAUUUUGGGUGAUGAAUCGAACAAAUGAAACGAUACAUUUAAAAGUGGAUGAUUACAACAGAUAUCGAUUUGAUCAUAAUCAAAUGCGGAAGCCCUUUUUGUUCGAUUAUGAUCCAGAUAAAGUUUCGAAGAAAUCAAAAAUCAGUCUUGCCAUUGCUGAAUCAGAAUUUUCCGUUUAUUUUCCCGUUGAUGUAGCUCCAUAUAAAGUGACUUUAACUCCCAAAGUACCUAAGCAAAAGUAUUCAUAUCUCGUUGCAAUACGUGUUGGAGCAUCCAGAAUUUCAUUGACGAGAAUCAUCAAUGUUGAACCAUUUUAUUCGAUUAUAAAUCUGACAAGACAAAAUAUUUUCUAUUCAGAAAAUAAUGAAGAUUGGUCCCAUAUUGAAUCAAAUCGUUUGAUGCCAUUCUAUCCGAAAAAAGCAUCCAAUCAAAGUAUUUGUUUUCGUUUGCCAAACGGGCAAUUUGAUUCCAAACAUAUUUCAUUGCGAGAAUCAUCACAAACAUUAUUAUUGAUUGAUAAGAAAUUCAUUUUUGUCGAAGUUGAUGUCACCGAAUUGGAAGCGAAAAUUCGCCUAAAUGAAUAUUUUGAUGGCGCUGCACCGGUAUUGAUUGUGAACACUUUGAAAUAUCCUGUCUUUUUUGGUCAAGAUCAGGUUACAGAUUGGGAUAAUGGAAGACGUAUGCUAAUCAUGCAACCAAAUCAUAUGGCAUAUUUUUGUUGGUUGGAUCCAUAUAAAUCUCGAAGACUUGUCUAUAAAAUUUCAUUAGAAGAUGACGAAUUGAUUGAUGUUAAUAUUGAUUUCGAUACGAUCGUUAAUUUUGAAGAAGGCUAUUCAUAUGUAUCAUUUUUGGAUGGUAAACAACGUGUCUUGUUGUUCACACAGGAUAAUUCAUUGCCACGUAAUCUUCUCAUGACACAUGAAUUAAUGAAACCCGACCUGUCAUUUGAAUUGAUACUCAAAGGAUUUGGCCUGAACAUUGUGGAUAAUGAAAAACGAAUUGAUCUGAUGUAUUUAUCGAUAAAAAGUACAAAUAAUUGGGAAUAUCGUAAUGAUGAACAUAAACCAUUCAAAGCGGUUUCAAUCAAAGAGAAUGAUAUAUUAGAACACAUGUAUCAACAUUAUCUUUUGAAACAAUCGAAUAGCCGUGCAACGGUAAUCAAAUCUGAUUAUUCAAAUUAUGAGACCGAUUUCUCCCGUAUGACAAUGUUGAGACCACGGCUUUGUUAUCUUAGACGUAAUACAAAUCGUGGAUUAUGGGUAACAUUUACUAGCUCGGAACAUGUAAAAAAUAUACAUGUACGCAUCAAUGGUAUACAGAUUGAUAAUCAACUAUCCGAUCAUCUUUAUGCUGUUGUAUUCAGUCCGGUUGAUAUACCGAAAUCGAUUUCGGAUAAAUAUGAAAUCGAACGUAAACAUUUUGUUGAAUUUGCUGCCAUCAUUUGUCCUGGUUCGAUCAAUCGAUAUAAACAUAUACAACUAUUGAUUCAAGAAUUUAUGCUACAAAUUGAUCUGGGUUGGAUUUAUAAAAUUGCAAAUGUAUUCGAUAUUAAAUCCGCUAAAGAAGAAACGAACAAAGAAUUAUUAAAACAUGAUAUGGAUAUUAUUGAACGAUACAAUAGUCCUGAUGAAUUGCAGAAAUAUGUAAUGAACAAAUCAUAUUAUGAUUUUAUAAUGUUUGGUCCACUUAAACUACAUCUGAACAUUAAUUUGAGAGAUGCUUCGGAUGGACAAUCAUUUUUUCUAUUGGAAUUACUCAUCAGAUUAAUGGGUUCAGUUGGCGAAAUUAGCGACACACUAUUCCGGUUCGAUUACUUUGAACGGAAAGGUCUAUUUUUGGGCCAAGAAGAAUUGGUUAAACAAGUUACCGAUCAUUAUAAGAAUCAAGCGUUGACACAAUUUUAUAAAUUGAUUCUUGGAUUAGAUAUCAUUGGUAAUCCAAUGAAAUUAGCUUUGGGUUUUAAAAAAGGAAUCGGCGAUUUUUUCUAUGAACCCGCUGUCGGAAUAUUUCAUGGACCGGAUGAAUUUGCCGAAGGAAUAAAAACUGGUGUAAAAUCCUUAGCAUCGAAUGUGAUUGGUGGAACGGCUGGAGCUUUAAGUCGUAUCGGAAAUAGGCUGGGAACUGGCGUAGCUACAUUGACUAUUGAUGAAAAAUUCCAGAAAGAUCGUCGUGAACGUAUGAAUCGGAAGACAACGUUUACUGAAAGUGGGAAAAAUCUAUUUAAAGGAAUAUUCUCCGGUAUAACCGGCGUGGUUACAAAACCGAUCGAAGGUGCAAAAGAAGAAGGUGUUGGUGGUCUUUUCAAAGGUGUCGGCAAAGGUGUUGUCGGUAUUUUCGCACAGCCAACCACAAGUGUUAUUGAUUUUGCAUCUGGUUCAUUACAAGCAUUCAAUAAUGCUAUUGAUCCGAAAAAAAUUGCUCAACCAGCACGUAUGGCACGAAAUUUCAAUCGAGAAGAAAUACGACCAUAUUCACAUCAAGAAGCUAAUGGAUAUUGGCUUUUAAAGACCGUUACGGGAGAUAAAUAUAAAAAUGAUACAUAUGUUUAUCAUGCAUAUGUAUCAAAUAAUUCAACUAUACUAUUGACAGAUAGACAUUGUUUCUGUUUGAAACAAUCAUUCAUAUCGAAUGAAUGGGAGUUAGAUUGGUUUGAAUCAUGGUCAAACAUUAAGGAUGUCCAUUUGGACAGACAUAAUAAACUUCAUCUACAAUUAAAGAUGAUGACCAAAAAAAAUUUCACUCUAAAUCCGCUGGAAUCAUCAUUAUCAUCACCCAACGAACGUAUAAUUGUAUUCAGUGCAAACAUCAAAAAUCAACAACAUCAGAAGCAACAUCAUAUAAUGAAGAUACUGUCGGAAAAAAUGUCCGAUUUAAUAACAUCAUAUUAUUGUUCUGGCAUCCAGAAUAGAUCGUCGGAAUCGGCAUAACUUCAAGUUCAAGAUUAGAAUGAUUAUUCUAUAUGGAAACAGGCGAAUCGAACAUGCAAACAAGAUCAUUAAUCCAUCCGUCACCACCAACCACCACAAGUGCCAAUAAUUAUUAACCAUUGUUAUUGUUAUUUUUUACUUUUUCCAAUUAUCAUUAUUAAUAUAUAGAGCGAAUAAAAAAUAAUGUUUAUAAAAACAUUCAGUUCAUCUUU